AUGAAUUUCGAAGAAGCUGAAGAUAUAAACGGGGUUCGUUUUGCGUGGAACACGUUCCCAUGCACUAAGGCCGAUGCCAACAAGUUAGUUGUUCCAACUGGCGCGUUGUAUACCCCUUUAAAAUUUAGAGAAGAUUUACCAAUCGCUGAAUAUGAUCCACAUUGCUGUUUGAAUACACAUUGUAGAAGUAUCUUGAAUCCAUAUUGUCAAAUUGAUCCAACAGGCUCUUGGAUUUGUCCAAUUUGUGGAAACCGUAAUCCAUUGCCUAGUCAUUACCAAGGAAUUUCGAAUGAAAACCUACCACUUGAAUUGAAUCCAAAUUCAUCAACAAUUGAAUACAUUACUGCUAGGCCAGUAGCCAAUCCGCCUAUUUUUUUCUUUGUUAUUGAUUUAUGUCAAGAUGAAGAUAACUUGAAGGCUUUGAAGGAGACAUUGGUCGUUUCAUUGUCGUUAUUGCCACCAAACGCUCUAAUUGGGUUGAUCACUUACGGUACUAUGGUUCAAGUUCACGAUCUCGGUUCAGAAUCUAUCAAUAAAUCUUAUAUCUUCAGAGGAGACAAAGAAUACACCGACAAGCAAAUUAAUGAUAUGUUGAAGAAACCCGUGGUUGUUCCAGCCCAAAACUUUGCAAACUCAUUAACCCGUUUCUUUUUACCAUUAGAAGAAGUCGAAUUCCAAUUGACUUCUAUUUUGGAAAAUCUUACUAAAGACCCUUGGGCUGUUGCAAACGGUGAUAGACCUUUAAGAUCGACUGGUUCCGCAUUGAACGUUGCUACUAAUUUAUUGCAUUCAACAUUUCAAGGAUAUGGUGCUAGAAUUAUGUUAUUCUCUGCUGGUCCAGACACUUUAAAUCCAGGUUUAAUAGUCGGUCCAAAAUUAAAAGAACCUAUAAGAUCUCAUUCUGAUAUUGAUAAAGAUAAUGCUAAGCACUACAAAAAGGCUAUCAAGUUUUAUGAUGCUUUAGCUGCUAAGCUUGUUAAAAACUCCCAUACCGUUGAUAUCUUUGCUGGUUGUUACGAUCAGAUCGGUAUGUCUGAAAUGAAGAAUUUAUGUAACAAGACCGGUGGUACUUUAUUGUUAUCAGAUGCGUUCACAACCUCUAUCUUCAAGCAAUCGUUCUUAAGAUUGUUUAAUAAAGAUUCUGAAGGUUAUUUGCUAAUGAGUUUUAAUGGUACUUUUGAUAUAAAGACUUCUAAGGAAUUGAAAGUUAGUGGGUUGAUUGGUAAUGCUUCAUCAUUAGCCGCAAAGACUAACAAUGUUUCGGAGAAUGAAAUUGGUAUUGGCGGUACUUCCCAAUAUAGAUUAUGUUCGGCUUCUCCUCAGCAUACCUACGCCGUGUUUUUUGAUAUUGCUAACACACAAAGUUUACCUCCUAAUUCGCAAUCCUAUAUUCAAUUUAUUACUCAUUAUCAACAUUCAUCAGGUACUUACAGAGUAAGGGUUACCACAAUUUCAAAUAUUUUGACGAGUGAAGAUGCUAUUUUAACUCAAUCAUUUGAUCAAGAAGCUGCUGCGGUCUUAAUGGCUAGAGUCACAUUAUUUAAAUCUGAACAAGACGAUGGUGCUGAUGUCUUAAGAUGGAUUGAUCGUAUGUUAAUCAAAUUAUGUCAAAAAUUUGCCGACUACAGAAAGGAUUUCGAUGAAUCUUUCAGAUUGAGUCCACAAUUUUCUUUCUAUCCCCAAUUCAUUUACUAUUUAAGAAGAUCUCAAUUCUUACAAGUGUUUAAUAACUCUCCUGAUGAAACGGCAUUCUACAGACAUGUUCUAUUAACUGAAGAUAUUAAUAAUUCAUUGAUUAUGAUUCAACCAACAUUAACAUCAUUCGCCUUAGAUAGUGAACCUGAACCGGUAUUGUUGGAUUCAGUUUCCAUCAAAGAUGAUCGUAUCUUGUUAUUGGAUACUUUUUUCCACAUUUUGAUUUUCCAUGGUAAAACAAUCGCCGAAUGGCGUAAAGCGGGUUAUCAAAAUAAUCCUGACUAUGCUAACUUCAAGCAAUUAUUAGAUGAGCCAAAACAAGAAGCGGCUGAAUUAUUAGUUGAUCGUUAUCCAUUACCUAGAUUCAUUGAUACUGAAGAAGGUGGUUCCCAAGCAAGAUUCUUAUAUUCCAAAUUAAACCCUAGUACAACUUAUAAUAAUCAAACCUUCACCGGUAGUAAUGGUGCGGUUGUUUUGACUGAUGAUGUUUCUUUACAAGUAUUCAUGUCUCACUUGCAGAAGUUAGUUGUUUCUGGUUCUAAUUAG